UUGACAUUUCUUUCAUUUAUAACACCCACUGUGCUUGUAAAAUUGUGAAGAAGAAAUUUUAAAAUUUUUAAAUUAGAUUAGUUUUGUGGCAUUACUUGUAAAGUUAAUGUAUUUAAAAUAACACACGCUGCAAGAUUUUACACCUCCUCUACCUUUACAAUCUGAAUAACUUCUUCUGAUCAUGGACAACGAAGUAAGAUGUUAUAAUGACAUAGCAAAAGAAAAAUACGUUUCAGAAGGUGUAAUUACGGAUACUUCGUCAGAUCAGAUUGAUGUGGAAGCUGUCAUCUUGAACCUAUACAAACAGUUUGAGAAAAAUGCUGCCAUUGAUCCAGAUUUGCCAUUACUCAAUAGGAAAGCUCACAUAACUGUGCUUAAGACGUGGUUAAAAGGUCUGCCUAAGAGUUAUGAAUGCUUAGAUGCCAGCAGAACAUGGCUAGUUUACUGGAUCCUGCAUUCACUAUGGCUGCUUAAUGACAUGCCUGAUGCUGAAACUCUUUCACACACUGUUCAAUUCUUGUCACAUUGUCAACAUGAAGAAGGUGGUUAUGGAGGUGGACCAAAACAAUUCCCUCAUCUUGGCACUACCUAUGCUGCAGUAAAUGCGCUUAGUAUUAUUGGCACAGAUGAAGCAUACGAUUCCAUAGACAGAAGUUCUCUUCAGAAGUUUUUGUGGACAGUAAGAGAAGUUGAUGGCUCCUUUGCCCUUCAUAAAGGUGGUGAACAGGAUAUAAGAGGUGCAUAUUGCGCUAUAAGCAUUGCUAAAAUAACAAAUACUUACACAGAAGCCUUGUUUGAUAAAACAGCUGAAUGGAUUGUUAGUUGCCAAACAUAUGAAGGUGGUUUUGCUGGCUGUCCUGGCAUGGAAGCUCAUGGUGGAUAUGCAUUUUGUGGCUUGGCAUCUCUAGCCCUCUUAAAUAGAACAGCUCUGUGUGACAUUGAUGCCCUGUUAAGAUGGUGUGUGAAUCGCCAAAUGCGUGUAGAAGGUGGAUUUCAAGGACGAACUAAUAAAUUGGUAGACGGAUGUUAUUCAUUUUGGCAAGGAGCUGCUUUUCCAAUUAUAAGUGCAAUACUAUCACAAGGGAAUAAAGAACUAAUCGAAACAGUAUUUUUCAACCAGAGUGCUCUCCAAGAGUACAUCACUGUGUGCUGUCAAGCUCGCGAUGGCGGCCUUAUUGAUAAACCUGGAAAAUUUCGUGACAUAUAUCAUACCUGUUACACUUUGAGCGGCUUAUCGGUGGCGCAACACGGCACCGGUGUCGGCGACGCCUUCGUAGUUGGUUCACCGAGUAACGAGCUAAACCGGGUCCACCCUCUGCAUAAUGUUGCACCACAUCUUGUUUAUAACGCUGUUCACUAUUUUAUCAGACACCCGCCUCCGGUAAAGGAUAAGAAUUAAUGAAAAUGACAUACAUUUUUA